AGGAAAAACACAUGGUCUGCGCUCCUAAUUCUCCAUCCGUUCUUCGUUUCCUCCAUCUCGUCUUCCGAGAGAAGCCACCCAAUGGAAGGAAGCGCCGGAGGAGGCGGGGGCGGUGGGGGCACGAUUUCGGACGUCUACCAGAGCGCCCGCCGCCUGCUCCUCCGCACCAGAGAUGCCCUCGACCGCCUCGAGCGCCUCGAUUCCUCCUUCCCCUCCUCCUCGUCCGCCAUCGCCGCCGGCGUCUCGGACUCGCCGGAGCUCGCCCUUUCGAUCAAGAGGGACAUCACCCAGAUCCACACUCUCUGCGCCGACAUGGACCGCCUCUGGCGCUCUAUCGCCGCCAAAUCCCAGCGCGAUCUCUGGAAGAGAAAAGUUGAACAAGUUGUCGAAGAAGCCAAUUCCUUUAAAGAAAGCUUGGACAGGCAUUCACUGCGUCAUCAAAAGAGGAUUCUGGAAGCUAAAGAGAGAGCAGAAUUACUGGAAAGAGCGAAUGGUGAGUCCGCACAUAUCCUGAAAAUUUUUGAUGAGGAAGCACAAGCAAUGCAGUCAGCCCGCAAUUCCUCUAUGAUGCUUGAGGAGGCUUAUGCCACUGGAGUGGCCGUUCUCUCCAAGUAUGCUGAGCAGAGAGAUCGGUUGAAGAGAGCGCAAAGGAAAGCUCUGGACAUCCUCAACACUGUAGGACUCUCAAAUUCGGUGUUAAAGCUGAUUGAGAGGCGACACCGUGUGGACAAGUGGGUUGCAUAUGCCGGUAUGAUCAUCACUGUGGUUGUGGUGUUUGCAUUUUGGAGGUGGACUCAUUGAUGUUAAUGUGCAUAUGGUACAAGCAAUUGGAUAACAAGCUGUAUUGGAUAUUUAUCAUGGACAUGUUCUGGUCCAAUAGCUAUUAACAUUGUGCCCUCUGUUAUCGCUGUCAUUGUGAGAUCUGGUUAUCAAUGAAAUGUGGUGCAUUCGGUGCAUAGUUUCUCGGCUAUGUUCAUAGAGCAGGAGGCUUAUGUUUUUAAGUGUACUUUUUGCUCAUAUCGGGAGAUGUAUAGCCAGACUAUUGACUGUCGUAAUGACAUUUUCUUCUCCUCUUCCAACU